AUGACUACACGAAGCUCAACCUCGUCUCGAAUCCCAUCUUCGUCACAAGGUAGGCUGCUACUUUGUUCUCAUGGUGAGAAGCCGGUGUUGCAAAUCUCGGGAACUAAGGAGAACCCAGGUCGCAGAUUUUGGGGUUGUGUCUACUUUGAGGUGCAAGAAGGCUGCAAUUUUUUUCGUUGGGCAGAUCCAGAUACAGAGGUGGAGUAUUCAGAAAUUGCUAGGAUAAGGAAGAAGCUUUCGAUGAUAAAAUCAAGAACUAAAGUGGCAGAGUGGAAGCUGAAGUUCGUUGCAGUGUUAGGGUUUUUUGGGUGGGUUGGGUUUGUAUGUUUGCUGUUGCAGAGUUGGUCUGAAGCAACGCAACAGUGUCUCAUUCCGUUGAACUUGGUAUGA